ACACACACACAUACCACACAUAUAUAUAAAGACAUUUUACGCGCGCGUGUGUAAAACGUUAAAAAGCUUCGCACAGCUUUGCAGCCAAAAACAACAAAAAAAUGGUGCAAACAAAUGCAGACGAUUUCAAGGAACGGCUCAUUGCGAGCGUCAAAAAGGAAGUGAAGCAGUUGAUGGAGGAGGCGGUUACCAAGAAAUAUGUGCACGAGGAAAGCAGCUCGGUUACCUCGCUCUGUGCCGCCGUCGAGGCUUGCCUCAGUCAGGGACUGCGUCGACGUGCGCUUGGUUUGUUCAAGACCUCUUCGACCACAGCCCUGUUGCAUAAGAUAGCCAAGACCUGUCCCGAGGCAGAGCACAUCAGUAAGCUAGUGCAGGAGAUUGAGUCAUGUGAUCCCAACAAGCGUUCGUCCUCGAGCAGCGACAGCUUCAAUCGCCCGCCGAUGCUCAAGAAAGGCAGCAACAGUUCUAUGUGCAGUACAAGUGUGGCCGCUGGUGUUUGUAGCUCCAUGAGCAGCACAGUGGGCGCAACAGUUAGCACCAGCAACUCUAGCAUGUCAUUAGCCAGCAUGAAAUAUCUGUGGAUACGCUUGGCACUUUAUGAGAAACGCUUGACCAAGAUCAUAGAGUAUUUGGUUUGCAAUGCCCAGAGCUACUACGAUCGUGAUGCGCUCGUGGCGGACGCGGAUUAUGGCUCUAUAUUAAGCUCGCUGCUGGUGGGUCCGUGUGCGCUCGAGUUUACGCGCGCCAAGACCGCCGAUCACUACUGGACAGAUCCGCAUGCAGAUGAGCUGGUGCAGCGUCAUCGCAUUAGCUGCCGUCGCUCCUCGUCCACGUGCACUCGGCCACCAAUUAUAAACUUUAAGCGCAGUCUAAAUACCAGCUCGGAUGAGGCGAGCAACGGCAGCUUUAAGUCAAUUGCAUCGGCCACUGUGGCCAAGGACUAUGUGGAGUCGCUGCAUCAGAAUGCCAAGGCAACGCUGCUCUAUGGCAAGAACAACGUACAUGUGCAGCCCAAAGAUGUGGCCGAGCUCAUGCCAGGCUAUCUCAGUCUGCAUCAAAAUAUACAGACACUUACCAUCAAAUGGACGCCCAAUCAGCUGAUGAAUGGCUAUAACGAGGCCGAGGAUGAGGACAUUGACAAGGAAGUUUUCUGGGCCUAUGCGCUCAAUAUAAAUGUCGAUGACAUUGUCUAUGUGCACUGCCAUCAAAGUCGCGGCGAGGACAGCGGCGGCACAGUUAUACUCGUCAGCCAGGAUGGUGUACAGCGUCCGCCCAUUCAUUUUCCCGAGGGCGGUCAUAUGCAGCAGUUUCUUAGCUGCCUGGAGACGGGCCUGCUGCCUCAUGGCCAGUUGGAUCCGCCACUCUGGUCCCAGCGCGGCAUUGGCAAGAUGUUCCUUUGGCCGAAGAGCAUGCGUCGACGCAUUCUGCCCUCAGUCAUGGAAUCUGUGGAUGAAACACCCAUCGAUUAUGUCUUUCGCAUUGUUAGCAAGAGCAAACACGAGGAAUUUGCUGCCACGCAUUCCAUACUGGACUUCGUACGCAGCACACCACGACGCGCUCAGCUGAGCAGCUGCUCCACGUCGACCACAGGCAGCAGCGACUGCUCCAAUAAGAGCCUAUCCAUUGACCAGUAUCCGCUGGAGUCGCCGUUGCUGCAGCAGCAUAAUCAGAGCACCAGCAUUGAGAUGGUCUGCUCCACAAUGCGACGCCAGAUUAUCUCGCGCGCCUUUUACGGCUGGCUGGCCUACUGCCGCCAUCUAUCCACUGUGCGCACGCAUCUUUCCGGACUCGUGCAUGGACGUAUAACCCCAGAGAUGAAAGCCGAUGAGGAAGGGCUCACCAAAGAGCGCUGGGAGCGUCUGAAUGCAGAGGGAACACUCAGCAAUUCCACCGAGUUCUACCGCUUGGUUUACUUUGGAGGCGUGCAGCCGGAGCUGCGCAAGGAGGUCUGGCCUUAUCUGCUGGGCCACUAUGCUUUUGGCAGCACAAAGGAGGAGCGUGUGAAGCAGGACGACACCUGCAAGCAUUACUAUGAGACAACCAUGAGCGAGUGGCUGGCAGUGGAUGCCAUUGUGCAGCAGCGCGAAAAGGAGAAGACAGCGCGUGCGGUGGCCAAGCUGAGCUCGGGCAGCACUAGCGGCAAUGAGCGCACCGUGCGUGCAGCGGAUGUGGAAUCGGGUGGCGAGCUGGAGAACGAGGUGUUUGAGGAUAUCUCAGAUAUAUCCGAUCCCGGUGACCUGGAGUUUGAUGAUGAGCAGCGACAGCAGCAACAUUUUCAGCAACAGGAGGCGGUAAGUACCACGCAUCUGAGCGUUAAGCCCAUACCGCGUACCAUGAAAACCAGCACAGACUCUGGCCAUGUAGAGGAGAAUCUUGAGGAGCUGGAUGAAGAAGAGGAACAGCAACAGCAGCAGGAGCAACAGACAACCGUUAAGGAGCAGGCAAAGCCUAAAGAGCUACCACCCAGCUGCUCAACCUCGACCACGUCCUCCUAUGAGACAGUGGGUGGUGCAGCACAGCCAAGCGACAUGCGCGGCGUGCUCAGUCCCGAAUAUUUGAGUGCCGAUGAUCUGCAAGCACAGCUGCCCGAGGAUGAGGAGGCCAGCAAAUUGCCACAGCAGGCAGCUGUCAUUGUAACCAAUGCCUCCAUAGAUAUUGCCAAUUGGGAGCGUAGUUCCAAGGCAGAAGCCAAUGAACAAAUGCCUACGCUCACGGAGCAACAGGACACAGCCACGACCAAUCUCGACUCUCUGCAGCAGCCCAAGUCAGCUUGCGCUUCACCAGCCAGCUCCAAUGGCGGUGUUUAUAGUAGCGAAUUGUUAGAGCAGUUUGGAUUGAAUCUGCAUCGCAUUGAGAAGGAUGUGCAGCGUUGCGAUCGCAACUAUUCGUACUUUGCCAAUGAGAAUCUGGACAAGCUGCGCAAUGUGAUAUCGACAUAUGUGUGGGAGCAUCUGGACAUUGGUUACAUGCAGGGCAUGUGCGAUCUUGUGGCCCCGCUGCUGGUCAUCUUUGAUGACGAGUCGCUCAGCUACAGCUGCUUCUGCAAGCUCAUGGAGCGCAUGAUUGAGAACUUUCCCAGCGGUGGCGCCAUGGACAUGCAUUUUGCCAAUAUGCGCUCGCUUAUUCAAAUACUCGACUCGGAGAUGUACGAUCUGAUGGACUCGAAUGGGGACUACACGCACUUUUACUUCUGUUACCGCUGGUUCCUCUUGGACUUCAAGCGUGAGCUUGUCUAUGACGAUGUCUUUGCCACCUGGGAGGUCAUCUGGGCGGCCAAGCACAUUGCCUCCGGUCACUUUGUGCUCUUCCUUGCAUUGGCGUUGCUCGAGACCUACCGCGACAUUAUUCUAUCCAAUAGCAUGGACUUUACCGAUGUCAUCAAGUUCUUUAAUGAAAUGGCCGAGAGACACAAUGCACAGGCAGUGUUGCAACUGGCACGCAGUCUGGUGCUGCAGCUGCAAAUGAUCAUUGAGAACAAGUAACUAGAUGAUUAGCCAGUUAGAAUAUGAACCAAGAAAUAUAGAUCAAAAUACAAAUACAAUAUGUAUACAAUAUUGUAGCUUUAGCAGCUUAAAAAUGUUUGCCAAAAGACAAAAGAAAACAGUAAAUAUUAAAAUACAUAUACAAAUUCUCCCAAGCGGCACAAAUUUAUAUAUAAAGUAUAUGAAUAUAAAUAUGUAGAGUGAUUAGCUUAGCGCAAUGCGCUUGCAAAGUUUGCUGAAUGUCAACAAUGUGCUUAAAGCUUUGCUAUGCGUGCUUGCAAGCGCAUUAUGCUUUAUUCAUAUUACUCCAUGUGUAUUAGACUAUAAUUUUUGACUUUAAAGUAUUUGUUAUUUAACUUUAAACUAACUAUAAACCCUAACUGUAAUGUGUAACAGUAACUUGGACUGUUUUAUGACUUAAAAAAUUGUAUGUACCUAUACAUGUGUGUAUAUGUUUUAUUGCCCAACAAUUUAUUUAAAGCUGGGCUCCUCCCAAUCCUCGCCCCUCCCGAACUGUAAAAGACUAUAAUGUAAAGUAUAUCAAUGUUUCAGACUAAAUAACAUAUUUUUUUCAAACAUUUUAACAAACAUUUUAUAUAUAUAGAUACAAACAUAUAUAACUUUGUAGUGCAUAGCAAAAUAUCAAAUGUUAAAUAAACAAAGAGCCUACAUAUGUCUACUAAUUGUAUUAUUUACAAUUUACAAUAUAAAAUCUAUGUAUACUGAGUGUAACAAUCAUUUUAUAUACAUAUAUAUUAGCCAAACUGUUGUGCAUUGAAAUCAGGGAUUGAUACCAUAAUCAAAAAAGAUCAACGACAAUUGUUAAAUUGAGAAAUAAUAUUGAAAUGGAAAACCCCACAAAAAGUUGCAGGCACACAACAAAAACAAAUGAAAUGUAUGGAAUUUUAAUUUAUUUUAUGCUAGAACUACACUUGUCCUAUGUAUGUACCUAUGUCUGUAUAAUAUGUACUAUAACUGAACUAUCUUUGCUAAAUAUUAUAAAAUAUA